CGGGCAGCCGGUCCUGGGGGCCGCCCGGUGCCGUCCGGCCAUGGCCUUCGCCAAUUUCCGCCGCAUGCUGCGCCUGUCCACCUUCGAGAAGAGAAAAUCCCGGGACUACGAGCACGUCCGCAGGGACCUCGACCCCAACGAGGUGUGGGAGAUCGUCGGGGAGCUGGGAGACGGCGCCUUCGGCAAGGUCUACAAGGCUAAGAACAGGGAGACAGGGGACUUAGCUGCUGCCAAAGUCAUCGAAACCAAGAGUGAAGAGGAGCUGGAGGAUUACAUAGUGGAGAUAGAGAUCCUAGCCAGCUGUGACCAUCGCUACAUUGUGAAGCUCCUCGGGGCCUUCUACUAUGAUGGGAAAUUAUGGAUCAUGAUCGAGUUUUGCCCUGGGGGAGCAGUGGAUGCCAUCAUGCUGGAGUUGGACAGGGGGCUAACCGAGCCCCAGAUUCAAGUGGUCUGCCGUCAGAUGCUGGAGGCCCUCGGCUACCUGCACAGUAAGAAGAUCAUCCACCGGGACCUGAAAGCGGGCAAUGUGCUGCUGACCUCGGAUGGCGACGUCAAGCUUGCCGACUUCGGUGUGUCUGCCAAGAAUCUGAAAACCUUACAGAAGCGAGAUUCCUUUAUAGGGACCCCUUACUGGAUGGCUCCCGAGGUGGUGAUGUGCGAGACCAUGAAGGACACCCCUUAUGACUACAAGGCUGAUAUCUGGUCCCUGGGCAUUACGCUGAUUGAGAUGGCCCAGAUCGAACCUCCUCACCAUGAGCUGAACCCCAUGAGGGUCCUGCUGAAGAUCGCCAAGUCUGAGCCCCCGGGACUCAGCUCUCCUUCCAAAUGGUCCGUGGAGUUCCGAGACUUCCUGAAGGUGGCUUUGGAUAAGAACCCAGAGACACGGCCUACUGCCACCCAACUCCUGGAGCACCCUUUCGUCAGUACGGUCACCAGCAACAGGGCCGUGAGGGAGUUGGUGGCCGAGGCCAAGGCCGAAGUGAUGGAAGAAAUCGAAGACAACAGGGAAGAAGGAGAAGAUGACGACACGUCAGAAACGCCCCCUGGAACCCACAAACGGGACCCAUCUGAAGCGAGCCAGCUGAGUUUUGAAGAAGAGAAACCUACGGAGCCAGCGUGUCCACUUCCAGCGAUGCCCGACAGGCCCCAGGACCCCACGGACAGCCCUAAGGACAAGCUUUCAGAUGGAGGAGGCAGCAUCAGCAAGGCCAGGAAUGACAGCUCCCCCCAAUCCACAGGCAACUCGGCCUUGAGUGGGAUUCAGGACGUGCCCAGACCCCAAGGGCUGGGAGAAAACAGUUCACCCCCAGCACUGCUGGACGCUAAGGCUCAGUCGGCACAGGAGGGAAACGUCUCCAAUCCCCCAGGCAAAAAUGGGGAUCCAACCCCAAGCCAAGUCCCACAAAAAUCCCGCAGCCGGCCCCACAGCAGCCUCUUCGAAAGCCUAGUGGGGGAAAAAAUUCCCAAUGGCAGCCUGGAAUGUCCGUCUCAGUCUGCUGUCAGCAAAUCUAAGAGGAACUCGGAUUCUGGAAGCCUGAAUAUCUCUGAGAGCUUGGACUACAAUGUCUCUCUGUCAGCCGACUUGUCUCUGAAUCGAGAAACAGGCUCUCUGUCUCUGAAGGAUUCCAGGAUGCACAACAAAACCCUGAAGCGGACUCGGAAGUUUGUGGUGGAUGGCGUGGAGGUGAGCAUCACCACCUCCAAGAUCAUCGGUGAUGAUGAGAAGAAAGACGAAGAGAUGAGAUUUCUCAGGCGGCAGGAGCUGCGGGAGCUGCGGCUGCUUCAGAAGGAGGAGCAUCGGAACCAGAGCCAGCUGAGCACCAAGCAUGAGCUGCAGCUGGACCAGAUGCAGAGGCGUUUUGAGCAGGAAACCAGUGUUAAGAAGAAGUUCUACGACACCGAGCUGGAGAACCUGGAGCGGCAGCAGAAGCAGCUGGUUGAGAAGAUGGAGCAGGACCAUGCUCUCUGCCGACGGGAGGAGUCCAAGCGGAUUCGUGCAGAGCAGGAGAGGGAGUACGUCCGGUUUCAGGAGCAACUCAAGCUGAAGAAGAAGGAGGUGAAAAGUGAGGUGGAGAAACUUCCACGCCAACAGCGUAAAGAGAGCCUGAAGCAGAAGAUGGAGGAACAUUCACAGAGGAAGCAGGUUCUGGACCGGGAGUUUUUAGCCAAACAGAAGGCGGAUCUGGAGUUGGCGAUGAAAACCAUCACGGCAGAAAACAGGCGGGAGAUCUGCGACAAGGAGCGGGAGUGUCUGAACAAGAAGCAGGAGCUCAUGAGAGACCGGGAGGCCUCUCUCUGGGAGCUGGAGGAACACCACCUUCAGGAGAAGCAUCAGCUUGUCAAACAGCAGCUCAAAGAUCAGUACUUCCUCCAGAGACACGAACUGCUCCGAAAGCACGAGAAAGAACAGGAGCAGAUGCAGCGCUACAACCAGCGCAUGGUGGAGAGCCUGAAAGUGCGGCAGCAGCAGGAGAAGGCCCGCCUCCCGAAGAUCCAGAGGAGCGAGGGGAAGACCCGCAUGGCCAUGUACAAGAAAAGCCUCCACAUCAAUGCCAGCGGGAGUGCCUCAGAGCAGCGGGAGAAGAUUAAACAGUUCUCUCAACAGGAGGAGAAGAGACAGAAGGCCGAGCGGGUCCAGCAGCAGCAGAAACAUGAGGCCCAGAUGAGGGACAUGCACAUCCAGUGUGAGAGCAACCUGAACGAGCUUCAGCAGCUCCAGAAUGAGAAGUGCCAUCUCUUGGUGGAACACGAGACCCAGAAGCUGAAGGCCCUGGAUGAAGGCCACAACCAGAACCUGAAGGACUGGCGGGACAAGCUGCGGCCGCGGAAGAAGGCUCUGGAGGAUGACCUGAACCAGAAGAAGCGUGAGCAGGAGAUGUUCUUUAAAUUGAGUGAAGAGGCAGAUGGCCAACCUCCCCCCUCCCCCCACAAACCCACCAAGUUCUUGCCAUUUAGCUCAACAGAGGCUUCCUAGCCCCGCGCGGAGCGUUCGGGCCUCUCCAGUUCUCUGUGAACAAGUAACUCAGGACCUUUUGCUUCUCUGCUGCUUAACUGCAGAUUCCUUUCCCCCUAUCAUCCCCAACCCCCCUCCCCCGCCCAAUUCCGAGGCUGAACCCCUCCCAACCCUCAAGCGAUGAUUUGCACUAUUAGAGUUGGGAUGGAUUGUAACUGUAGGGAACUUUUACUCCAGCAUUCGCACCUUGCAGUGGCUUCACUCCAAGGUGUGAAAGAUAAUCGUCAGUGUGAAGGGUAAUCCACAGUCAGACAAUCUGUAGAGCGAUUUGCAGGAGUGACAUUUCCAGGCAAGUUAUGGACCUGAUGAUGAGUAGUUUCAGGCAGUGGAAGCUGGCCCAGGGGCACGAUAGGCAGAGAGAGGGCAUCUCCUGGGUAUGCGGACGGGGGAAAGAUCCUCUGCUCCAGGAAUGGGACAGGGACACCCGUAUGAGCUUGCUUUUCCUCCAAGACAUAGACACGCUGCAGGGAAAUCGGAGUCAGCGGCAUUCUGGAGACUCGACAUUCUCUUCUCUCCCCGGUAAACUAAAGGCACCAGUUGUCUGUCCUCGAUGGAUCCCGGAGCCAGGGGAAAGUGCUUGGGAGUCAUCCCCAUCACAUCCUGAGUAUUCCCAUUUUUAAGCAGGAACUCCCUAAGAGUGUGGUUGGGGAAUGGCUUGAUAGUGCCAAUAACCCACAGUAGGGGUUAGCUGGGGCGACAAGGAUUUAGGUCCCUGUGGCCUGGAGGUCUGGGUUCUGUCCCGCGGGGCAGUCUUGGAGGGACUUGGAAGUUUAUGUUCAGUCUGAGUUCUCUCAGACAUGUGGGCUUGCCCUGGGUCAAGGCUGGGACUUGAACAUUGGUUGUCCUGGAUCCGGUCAGGAUGAACGUCGUUUCCCUUCCCCGCCGUGAUUUCCUCCCAACAUUUCAGCUGAUGAUCCAGCUGUCCCGCUCAUUUUCCGUGAGUAUCUCAGGGCUGCACGAGAAGGCUGCAGAGAGGGGAAGUGAUCCAUGCCACCGAUUUAACAGGAAGGGACACAAGCUGCAUGGGGAAGGAGCUGAGGGAAAUGGUGCCUCCUUAACUAGCCUAAGAACUGCUCGGUCCAGAAAGUGGCAGCCCCCUGGCAGAGCAGGAGCAGGAUUCCCUGGACUGUUCCCCGUCGUUGCCCCGCCGAACGUGCCCUUUAUACAGAGCCUUCUUCCAAGGAAGCUGGGGAGUGAGGCGGAGUGGGUUACUGCCCAACCAGAUUUAGCACAAGUGACUUACUGCCAAACUUUGAUGUGAAACUGCCCUGGCCAAUGGCGCAGUCCUCUUGUGCAUUAGCCCCAAAGGGACGAGGUGACUGCUUUGUAGAUUUUCAGGGAUUAAUCCCUCAUCCUGAAGUCCGAACACUUCUGUCUUCAUUUUGUUCCAGAUCCUAGUUCUUCCAUCUUCCCAGUAGUGGGAAUAGGUGCCUGGCCAAGGGCCUCUGGCCUAUUCCUGAGUUUUCAUAAUUUCCCCAACGGCCGCCUUUCCCAUUCCCUGCACCGUCCACAGCCACAGGGACCCAAGUGAGGUCAAAACGACAGACGGAAAUUAGAAUAUUUUCUUUUCUUGGGGGAGGGAGCAGCAGCAGCAGUUCAGCACCCAGUGCCAUGGUCAGAUCUGUCCUCCAGGUGUGGACGGGUGUGGAUCUUGCCCAUGACUUGCCUUUGGGCUGAUUUAGAUUGAGUUUGCAGUGCUCAAGCACUGGUCUGGGCCUCAAAUGGAGCCUUCCAGAGCCAACCAACUCCAGAUUCCAAAUUCUUUGUAGUCAAAGGUUUCUCCCCCAGCCCAACUCUCCAGUUUGGGAUUGAAUGUCCCAGCAAAGCAGCAAGAUUGGGACAGGAAUUGUAUUUUUUCCAAAGAAAUCUCUCCCUCACCUCACCUUCCAAAUUUGUCAACAACUUAGUGACAAGAACAUGGUUUAGAGGGAUGAUUGAGUUUUUGUGGGGUUUUAUUUUACAAGAACUCCAAAAGCAUUUUGAUCCUUUGGGGCUCUGGCAUCUGGAAGGAUCCCCACUUCUCAGGGAGGGGUCCUCUCUCACCCAUCCAUUUCCCAGUAAAAACCAAUCUUAUCUUGCCCAUCUGGGUUUGGAUCUUUGGAGAAAGAAGAAUGUUGGCUGCUAAACUGUCAAAGGGCUUUAUGGAUGAUUCAUUGAUGGUUUGAACCAAACAGGAAAUGGAGAUUCUUCGUUAAAGGAGAAGGAGGAAGAAGAAGUGUUGAGACUGAAUCAAUUCCAGGUUUUUGACCCAAUUAAUCUCUCCUACCACUUAGAAGUUGGAAUGAAAAUUGAACCCAUUUUGACGAUUUUGACCAAAGCUCUGGGGAACGAUCAAUUGUAAUAUUUUCCCUUUCCCAUGCGAACUGCACCUCUGUUGGAAGCCCCUUGAAAGGUAUUGAAUAGAGUGAAGGUUCAAAGUCACGCCCCUUUUAGUGAAAAUUCAGACUAUGUGUUGUCCUUGUUUACAGUUUUUAGUUUUGAAUUUUGGGUGUGUUAAGAAAGGAAAAAUUGGGAAAUCCUUGAUUAAUCGCUCGUGCCGAAAGCCUGGAUUGUGAAAAAAAGAUCCAUUUAUCUGGUUUUCUUUUGAAAUCUGUAACUAGAUUCUCUUGGUCCCUAGACCCAACUCCUUGGGCCACCUCACUCCUCAGGCAAUAUGUGCCUCUUAAGAAACAGGCCAGUAUUGUGUGUUAAAAAAAAAAAUUCCAUUGUAAGAACUGAACUAUUUUUCCUUUUUCCCCCCAUAACCUUUACUAAAAUAUAUGCAGCCAACUUUUAUUUUCCCUUUCUGAAGGAAAGAGUAAUGAUUUUUACGCAUUUUUGAAACUUUACUCCAAGUAGUUGAUCUGGAGCAAAACAAUGAUGUAAAUAAGCUUUAAUAAAGUAAAAAGGUGAGAAA